AUGUACAAGUCCGAAAUACAAACAUAUUUGACUGAAUCUGCCACAAAUGCUUCUUCCUCGCAACAUCUUGAAAAAGAAACAAGUUAUAUGUCAAACGACACAUCAAGAUUGGUAAAGAAGAAGAAGACAAGCACAAAGGCAUUAGUGAAGCGUCUACUAGGCGUAGUGGCUGACUUAAGUUCUAAAGUAGACCGUGUAUUACAGAAAAAAGAUGAACCAGACACAAAUGUUGAACCAGACAGAGGGUUUCGAGAGGAGGAAGAGGUGGAGGAGGAGGAAGAGAUGAUAAAUGAAGAGGAGGAAGAAAAAUAUUACCAUCAUACACAUUUUAACUAUGAUGAUAUAGUUGCAAUCCACACCAAAAUUGAAGAAAAUCACCAAAGCAAAGAAAAAAAAGUGGUGAAGAGUCCUGAAAAAGCAAAUGAAGACAUUGUGAAUGAAGAGAGUAAUGAUGUUUCAAAUCAUCUCCUGCUCGACAGUGUUGAAGCUGCCAGUACGUUGAGUUUUUGGAAAGAAUGGAAUAGGAUCUCUUCCAACCUAAACACUAAGCAUAGGCUGCAUAUGCUCACACUGGAUGUGGAGUUUUGGUCGAGAUUACUUGCAGUUACUGACGUUGGAUGGUUAAUUUCUUCGGUUCUGUUCCCCAUAAACGUUCCUCAUGCCCAUUGGUUUUUGGCAGUGCUACAUUUAGAUAUUUGGAAAGUACACAUUUAUGAUUCAUCACGAUGUAUGAAUUACUUCACAACGUACUUGACUGGUGGAGAAUUCAAAAGUUUUGGGGAUAGUAUAAUCGAAGAGUUAGAUGCGAUUGACUACUAGAAGGAUUUCCCCGAUGGACACAAAGACAACGCAGUUGUGGAUUUUAUUGAUAUUGUAGACGCGCCGCAACAAGAAUAUAUUACUAAUAGAGGGGAUUGUGGAGUAUUCGUAAGCAUGUAUAUGGAAAUGAUUGCUUCGGGGGUACCGGUGAAGAGUGAUAAGCCAUGUAGAGAUGCGAGAUUUCUCUACAGAAAUAGGAUGACAAAUAUUAUUUGGGAUACUAAAUAACUUUAUGUUUGGAAGUUUGUAUACAUUAUUAUGAAAUACUUGUUUUUAAU